CCAACUCCCCGCGCGGUCGUCCGCUCCACGGGGUGACACUGCAAUUCGGUCCGCUAUAACUGGCCGGGAGUUUUGUGUUGAGCAGCCCUUGGUGUCUGGGGUCUGGAGAGAUCAUGGUUCUGACUUGCUAGGUGGUGCUAGCUGACGGUGUUUACUGAAAUUGCCGGGACAAGCUGUCCCCUCUAGGCCUGGAAGAAACGCUGGUUUAUACUGCGGAGUGGCCGGAUGAGUGGCGACCCAGAUGUUCUGGAAUAUUACAAGAACGAGCACUCCAAGAAACCCCUGCGGAUUAUCAACCUGAACUUGUGUGAGCAGGUGGAUGCAGGCCUGACCUUCAACAAGAAAGAGCUGCAGGACAGUUUUGUGUUCGAUAUCAAGACCAGUGAGCGCACUUUUUACCUGGUGGCUGAGACAGAGGCCGACAUGAAUAAGUGGGUCCAGAGCAUCUGCCAGAUCUGCGGCUUCAAUCAGGCUGAGGAGAGCACAGACUCCCUGAGAAACCUUUCUUCAGCCAGUCAUGGUUCCCGCUCUUCUCCAGCUGAGUUCAGCGGCUCCACUCAGCACCUGCUCCGGGAAAGGAAGUCCUCCGCCCCUUCGCACUCCAGCCAGCCCACUCUGUUCACGUUUGAGCCCCCCGUGGCAGGCCACACCCAGCCUGCCUUGUCCACCAGUGCGCCUCAGGAGUAUCUCUACUUGCACCAGUGUAUAAGCCGAAGGACAGAAAACGCGAGGAGUGCCAGCUUCUCUCAGGGCACCCGGCAGAAGAGUGAUACAGCCAUGCAGAAACUUGCCCAGGGCAAUGGACACUGUGUCAAUGGAGUCAGUGGUCAAGUCCAUGGCUUCUAUAGCCUUCCCAAGCCAAGCCGACACAAUACAGAAUUCAAAGACAGUACUUACGACCUCCCCCGUAGCCUGGCUUCACAUGGCCACACCAAGGGCAGCCUCACAGGGUCCGAGACAGAUAAUGAGGAUGUGUACACCUUCAAGACACCCAGCAACACCCUGUGUCGGGAGUUUGGAGACCUUCUAGUGGACAAUAUGGAUGUUCCAACCACCCCUCUCUCAGCCUACCAGAUCCCUAGAACAUUCACACUGGACAAAAACCACAAUGCCAUGACAAUGGCCCCUCCUGGAGACUCAGCCAUAGCUCCCCCACCCCGCCCCCCCAAGCCAAGUCAGGCAGAAACACCUCGGUGGGGCAGCCCUCAGCAAAGACCUCCAAUCAGCGAAAAUAGUAGAUCUGUAGCUGCUACUAUCCCCAGGCGCAAUACCCUCCCCGCAAUGGACAACAGCCGACUCCACCGAGCUUCUUCCUGUGAGACCUAUGAGUACCCAACACGAGGCGGAGAGAGUGCCAGUUGGUCUGCUGAAUCUCCAGGGAAGACCAUUGUGGGUCGAUCAGACAGUGCCAGCUCUGAUGACAACUAUGUGCCCAUGAACCCAGGUUCUUCUACCCUGCUGGCUAUGGAACGAGCAGGGGACAAUUCCCAAAGUGUCUACAUCCCCAUGAGCCCAGGGCCCCAUCACUUUGACCCGCUUGGCUACCCAUCCACAGCCCUUCCUAUUCAUAGAGGUCCCAGCCGAGGAAGUGAGAUCCAGCCACCCCCAGUCAACCGCAACCUCAAGCCUGACCGGAAAGCAAAGCCAACACCCCUGGACCUGAGAAACAACACUGUCAUCGAUGAGCUCCCCUUCAAGUCACCUGUCACCAAGUCUUGGUCCAGGGUCAACCACACCUCUAACUCCAGCUCCUCCCAGUACUGCCGCCCCAUCUCCACACAAAGCAUCACCAGCACAGACUCGGGAGACAGCGAGGAGAACUACGUCCCUAUGCAAAACCCAGUGUCUGCAUCCCCUGUUCCCAGUGGCACCAACAGCCCAGCUCCAAAGAAGAGUGCUGGCAGUGUGGAUUACCUAGCCCUGGACUUCCAGCCAGGCUCCCCGAGCCCUCACCGCAAGCCAUCCACAUCAUCUGUCACAUCGGAUGAGAAGGUAGACUAUGUCCAAGUGGAUAAAGAGAAGACCCAGGCCCUGCAGAACACCAUGCAGGAGUGGACAGAUGUGCGGCAGUCCUCAGAACCUUCCAAGGGUGCCAAGCUGUGAUAAAGGGGGCGGCCAAGGCAGCUCAAGGGCCAUGAGGCAGCUGCUCAGAGCUGGCUCUUCUUUGUCACCUUCUCCACCCCUCCCCACCCCUCCUCUCCUCUGUACCACUUUCAGCCUUUAAAGCACUCGACAUCAGGGACCCUGACCCUUCCCCCUUCGAGGCAAGGGCCUGAUGGAGACACUCCUCUGCCACUUGGGGUCCACCUAUGACUUCUGUCAAUACUACUAGCUGUGCCUCCACCACCUUAGUUAGGAGCUGUUGCCAAAAAAGCCUCCUGCUCUGGACCCUUUUGUCUGCUGCUUGGACUCUUAGAGGGAGGGCUGAGGCUCUGAGCCAGGUUCAUGCCUCAUGUCUGCUCACCGCUCUCUACCCUCUACCUCAGGGCUGCUUCUCCAUCCCUCGAGGAUGGUAACCCAGGGAGCCGAGGACCAGCAGACUAAAGUAGACAUGGGCUUUCACACCCCUGCUGUUUGGGGCAAGGGAAAGGCAAGGUGCCACAAGAAGAAAGGUUGAUAAUGAAGGUCAGAAGUUGCCUUGAGUGACAAAGAAAUUAGGUUCCCAGGAACAGAAGGGUAGCUGGUCACCUGCAAGGUGAUACCCAAUUAUCAGGCCAUGGGGACCCGCUGCUGUAGACUGGGAGGCAAAGGAUGAAGGGCAGCAGGAAGGAAAACUGGUAAAGACAGGCAACCAGGAACAACAAGGAACAGGGCUUGAGGUGACAAACCCUGAGGAUAAAGGAGUCUGCCACCUGGAACAGGCAGUGCUCUUCCCUGGCCCUGAUGGAGAGAUGAGACAGAGCAGGAAAGAGUAGGGGUGAUGCAGGGGCUGGGAGGCAGGGGGACCCUGGGACAGGAGGAGUGUGCUAGGCACAGAGCAGCACGG